AUUACUCUUUGAACAACAAAGGGGAUUUUUUGAAUUUCAGAAUUUCACUUCAAUUUCUCAAUUGUUUUACCCGUUUUACAUUUUCAAUAAAAACUAGGGUUUUUCAAUUCUUCACGAUAUGAAAAUAGACUAUAAGAGUUUCGCUCCUGUAAAUCCAAAAAUAAUCAAAUCAUCUCUAUCUACACCAUUAAAAUCUACUCCAUUAAAAUCAUCGCUCCUUUAACCGAUUCUUUUCAUUCUCCCUCUAAUAGAGUUCCUGUUGGUGAUUCUCCUUAUGUUAAAGCUAAACACGUUCAGGAUGCAAGCAAGGAUGUUAGGAUGAAGCAUCAUAAUCAUGCUGAUGAUUUUAUUGAAGCAAUUAAAUUGUUUCGUAAUCUGUGCUCUCAGCAAGCUCAGGAAUCUCUUGAUGAUGUGCUCAUUGAUCUCUACAAGAGAGCUGGUAGGAUGGACGAACAUAUCCAACUCCUUGGACAUAAACUGCAGCUCGUCAAAGAUGGCGUAACUAAGACAGCAAGAGCUGGAGAGAUGUUCUGUUGCUCCAUUGAACAAGAGAAAUCAAGGUUAUUGGGGAACUUGGGAUGGGCUUACAUGCAACAGGAGAAGUACCAGCUAGCUGAAGAAUUGUAUAGGUAUGUUGCCUCAGUUUUGAAUGUUUUGAGCAUGAUAAUUCUUUCUGAUGUCCAGCACUUUUGA